AUGGCGUCACCACCAAGGACUUCCCUUCCUCCUCCUGCAACUGCAAGCUCAUCGACAAAAUACUUUUGCUCUAGUUACAUCUUCCCGGCCUCUACCCUUUGUUACUCACGUGGGUUGCUGCCAGCAUGGCUCCCAAAGCUCGCUUGGCCUCUUACAAUGUUUGCUGGAACUCAGGCUACUACGACCCUCGUAGCAUUCGACACCGUAGUGGCUGAUGGAGUCAACUUCAUCUCCCUGAGUGUAGGCGUCGUCUUCGUACCAUAUUACCUUGACACCAUCGCCAUUGCCGCUUUUAGAGCCUACGAUUCCGAGGUCUUCGUCUUUGCCUCAACUGGUAACGACGGUCUGGGUGCACUCUUUGUCACAAAUAUUGCUCCCUGGGUGACUACGAUAGGUGCCGCCCGUGCCUGCACCAUUGACAAGGAUUUUCCCGCCGAUGUCAAGCUGGGGAAUAGAAAAAUCAUACCUAGUGUAAAGUGUUUAUGGCGGGUCGGCUUUAACUCCGAGAGGGAGAGGCAGAGACGAAGGGGAGUUGCCGUGCUGAAUGGGUUGAAGAGGAAUGGUGGCUGGAGUGAAAACAAAACUUGUUGA